UAGUAAGUAUUUGUGGUGGGAUGUGAAUCCAGGUCUUCCUGACUGCAGGUUCAGUGCUCUGUCUAUUUAUUAUACCACACUGCCUCUCAUAGUCUUAUAGUGGAAGAGCUAGAAACCACUAGCCCACCUCUCAGGGUAGUGGUGAGGAAAUUGCUUUGUAAAUUUGAAAGUGCUAGAAUAACAAAUGAGCAUUAAAAAAAAAAAAAAAGAUCUCACCUAGUUCAACUGCCUCAUGUUACAGAUGCCAAAAGAGAGGAAGUGACUUACCUAAUGACACAAAUGUAAUAAUUGAAGUCCCUAGCCAGGAUUUGAACCCACAUGUCAAGACUCUAAGUCCUACAUCCUUUUUUUCUACAUCAUGCUGUCUCCAGUGGCCUGGAACCAUGGUCUUUUCCCUUUGAUUUCUAGCCCCUACCCAAAAGAAGGGUGAAUCAGGCUACCACUCAUUCCAUGGCCCUGAGACCUCAGCAAGGUUUGUGAAAGUGGGAAGUUGGUGGAAGGCCAGAGAUCUUCUAGAAUGCCCCUCCAGAACCAGUCAACGGAGGACUCUCUGUGGAUCCCUCCCAGCAAACCCCAGAACUCAACUGAAAUAUCAGGGGCAUGGGAUGCCCGGACACUCCAGGCACUCAAGAUCUCUCUGGCUGUGAUUUUAGCGAUCAUCACUCUAGCAACCAUUCUCUCCAACACUUUUGUGAUCAUCACGAUAUUCCUUACUCGGAAGCUCCACACACCAGCCAAUUAUCUCAUUGGCUCCCUGGCGGUGACAGACCUCUUGGUCUCCAUUUUGGUGAUGCCCAUCAGCAUUGCGUACACCGUCACCCAAACCUGGACCUUUGGCCAGAUCGUGUGUGACAUCUGGCUAUCCUCGGACAUCACGUGCUGCACCGCCUCCAUCCUCCACCUCUGUGUCAUUGCGUUGGACCGCUAUUGGGCCAUCACUGAUGCCCUGGAAUACAGCAAACGUCGGACCUUUGGCCGGGCAGCUGCCAUGAUCGCCGGGGUUUGGGUCAUCUCCGUGUGCAUUUCCAUGCCCCCGCUCUUCUGGAGACAGGCCAAAGCUCAUGGAGAGUUGGCUGACUGCUUGGUGAAUACCUCCCAGAUCUCCUACACCAUUUACUCCACCUGUGGUGCCUUUUAUAUCCCUUCUGUACUCCUCAUCAUUCUCUAUGGUCGCAUCUAUGUUGCUGCUCGAACUCGGAUCCUGAAGCCACCUUCCCUGUAUGGCAAACACUUCACCACCGCUCAUCUCAUCACUGGUUCUGCUGGCACCUCCUUGUGUUCCAUCAACUCCAGCCUCCAGGAGGGGCAGCCCUCCCACUCAGGGGGCUCACCGAUUUUUAUCGGUCCUGUGAAAAUCAAGCUAGCUAGCAGCCUCCUAGAAAGGAAGAGGAUCUCGGCAGCAAGGGAGAGGAAGGCUACCAAGACACUGGGCAUUAUCCUGGGGGCCUUCAUCAUCUGCUGGCUCCCCUUCUUUGUCGUGUCUCUGGUCCUACCCAUCUGCCGAGACUCCUGCUGGUUCCACCCAGCCCUCUUUGACUUUUUCACAUGGUUAGGCUAUUUAAAUUCCCUCAUUAACCCAAUAAUUUACACUUGGUUUAAUGAAGAAUUCAAACAAGCAUUCCAAAAACUAAUAAGGUUCAAGAGAGGGCCCUAAUUUUAAUCUUUUCCUGCUUGCUGAUGAAUCCUGUUACCAUUGGGUCAUUAAAAUUGAGAGGGGAUCUAUUUCGUACAAUUCACAAAUUAGACCGUUCGUUCAGUAACUCAAAUGCCAAAUGUCUUCCCUGGUUCUUCCCAAAGGUCAUGAUGUACUUCACACACACACACCCCUUAGGGCUCGAAUAGUACUUUAUUUUGUCCCUCUCUAAUGCACUUAUGAUGUAUUUAUUUUGUAUACUUUUUGUAUUUACUUACUUGUAUCCAUUUCCUCCCAAUAGAAUGUAAGCUCCUUGAGGGCAGGAACUGUUCUUGAUUUUGUCUUUUGUGUCUCUUGCACUUAGCAAAUGCUUGUGGUAUUGAAUUCAAUGUAACAUUGUAGAUUAUAGCUAUCUGUGUUUUGUUUUUCCCCCUCUAUUAGACCAUGAGCUCUAUGAGAACAGGGACCGUGUCUUCUCUAAACUUUAUAUCUCCCCUAAGUGCAUAGAGCAAUAUUCUAUACAUAGUAGCUGCUUAAUAACCAUUUAUUGAAUUGAACAAAUAUUUUCAAAAUCCCAACCCUGUAUGCAGCCCUUUGCUAGGCACUGUUGAGGAUGCAAAGAUGAUAAGACCCAGUCCUUGUUCGUAAGAAGCUUACAGUCUAGAAGGAAAUAAGGCAUGUGCACAGUCAAGUAUAUUGCAAAUUGGAAAGUGAUAAAUGUGUAAGAAUAAUAAGAAGAAAUGAUUCUGUAAGAGAACCCAAUUUGAAAUGUUCUUUUUUCCCUGACCACUGUUCAGGGUUUACUCCUCAUAAUGCUUCCAUUGUUCCUGAGCCACCUUGGAAUCAUGUGACUGACAAAAAGCAGAAAGACAAUUAAACUUUGCCCAAGAGAGGAGCUGGCAGAGAUUCAGCUGACCCCAGGCUUCUGCUUUGGGGAAGUUCAAAAGAGAAGGGAGGAGAGCUAGGGUGAGGAGCCCAAGUAGAAGAUUCAUCCAGAAAAGGUCUUCUUGUCUGUGAUAGAUCUAUUUCAAAAUCAAGGAAAUAAUGAUCCAGGAAAUCCAAAAUCAAAAGAGCCCAUAGACUUGGCUCCAUUGAUGAUUUCCUGAGUUUACAGAGAAUAUGGAGACAGGAUGGCCAAGGCAAUUAGUUAAACCUGGGUGGUUUGAGAAUUGGUUUUAUUCACCUCAGGAUGAUUAGAGAGUCCAGAAGACACCCAGGAUAAGAAUCUAGAAUUCCAAAGACUAUGGAAUGUUGGAAUGGACUCUAGAACAAAGUAUUGUUAGACCUGGAAGGGAUCUUAGAGACUCUCUAAUCCAACUUUCUUGUUCUAUGUGAAGUAGGGUGUGUGUUAGUGUAGGGGUAUGUUGUUUAGAUUAGAAGCAAUGCUAGAACUGAAAGGUGUACCUGGAGAUCACCACAUAACCCCAUACAUGUGGAUGUGUCUUCUUUCUCUUUCUCUCCAGGUUCAAAGGCAAUCUAGUGGAUAAGCUUUGGAAUAUUUUUAGAAAUCACUAGAGAAUGCAAAACUCUCUCAGAAACUGAGUUUAGGGAGGGCAAAUGAAGGGCCCAUGGUCAAGUUCAGUGGUCAGGUUACACCUGAGCUUUAUAAACAGAGCCUCCCUGGUUGAGCCCCUCUUAAAAUGGAUGUACCUCACCUUUUGAAGAAGGAAAAAUACUAAGACUUUUUUUUUUGGUUCUUGAGAUACAUAGAAAUCUGGAGGUGGAUCUGGAAAGAUCAGGCAGGGAUCCUCUCAUACCAUGUCAUCCACAUUGUCUGCUCUACGUGAGCACUGAUGACAGGCAUCAUUGCCUCUGUAAAAAGUGGAAGGAGGCAUUGGGCUUCCACUACAAUAGCCAAGAAGAAGACAAGCACACAAUGAGGAAAAACUGCCAUUUAUCCUCUAGAUCAGAGACUCAAAAAAAUUAGCUUCUUCCCUUCCUUUGGCUCAUCCUGACACUGGAUUCUGUUCUCAACUCCCGUGCAUAUGACUUUACCCCAACACUCAAUGCUGCUUCCAUCCAUGUGGCAAUUCCCCUGCUCUCUUAAUGGAAUGCCAGUUUAUUGUGUGUCUUGACUUCUGAUUCCUGAGGGUGUUCUCACUCAGCUGGGCUUCACACUGAUUGCCCUAGAUGUGGUAAUUACAGCACUCUCCUGCACAGUACCAACUGACUGUCAGGCCAGGGGGCCUUCCUUGUUGUGUUCUCCCAUAGCUCUCUUGCUCACUGUGGCUAUGUUACAAUCUGUGUUCCUCACAUGAAACACUGUAAUAUGGCAUUAAAUGGGUAAUAAGAAGGAAGCAUUGUCCAAAAUUAUUUUUAUA